CCAUGGCUCCUGCUGCUGGUGGCUACUCUCACACAUACCCGGACUGGUUUGUUCGGUAUAAGAAAUGGGUAAUGAACAACCCAAUGGCUGCUGCCGAAAUGGAGGCUGUAGUGAAGUGGGGUUCUUAUAUUUUAGCAGAAUUAGAAGACUCCUGGGUAAGUUGUGAAGGGCUGUGGAGGGUAUAACUGUCCUGCUUCGGCUGUGGUGGGUAUAGCCAUCCUACUUCGAUGAAGAAUCGGUAUAGCAAAUGGUCAUGGAACUGGUGAUUAAUAGGGCGUUUAAAACUCUCAACUCUCCUCUGUGAGAUUGUGUAUUCAGGAUCAAGACUUUUUGAAAUGUUUAAUGACUUCUUAAUAAAAGGAACUCUACCACAACUCACAGCAAAGGAAGGUAACAAGUUAAAGAUGUUGCUAACAGUGAUGGAAUAUGUUGAAGUACUGGUAGAAGUAGCUGCCGUCCAACUCUGGGGAGAAAUGGGCCGCUGGGCAGUGGUCACUAUUAUCCAGCUUGCCAAGUGUAUUGGACGCUUUAUAUUGUUAUUAAGGUACAAAACAUCUAUAGUGUCAUCACCCCCUGUUAAGCCAUUGGACAGGAGAGCUGCCAUUAAAACAAAACAGGAGCGACUUCUGUGUUCAACUCCUGGAUCAAGUCCAGAAGUGAUUCGAUUACCACACUCUGGUCGAGUUAUGAGAACCCUGGCUGGAGCUCCACCGAUCCAUCAGCGGUCUUUUACUCCUCCACAACCCCUUAACAAUAAUGAAAAUGAGGCAGCCAAACUGAAGAUUAUGUCAACAAAGCAUCUUACGGCAGAGGCUAUGCAUAUACUACGCCCUAUUUGUCAUUUAAGUAGCCUGUACCUCUUUGGACAACAGUCCUGGGCACCAUGGAUACUGUCGUUAGGCAUGGAUGUAACAAGCCUGAAGUUGUACAACGAAUCCCUGCUUACUGCUGCUGAAAAGACUGAACUAGCUGUCCGAAGAAUCAACCUGUUGUAUUAUCUUGUGCGAUCUCCAGCGUUCCAUUCAGUCACCCAUAGACGUAUACAAUAUUUCUUGACUACUGUUGGAAAUAGAAUACCAUUUGCUCGAACCAUUUGUCAACCAUUGCUUGAUUACAUCCCAGAGUGGCAAAAAAUAUAUGCCUAUACCUGGAGUUAAAAUUUGGAUUGCUGUACUAUAUAAGUGAGAUUGAUUACCAGGUUAGUCUAUUAUUUAUACAGUACAGUAUAACCUCACAUAAUUGUGUGAGCUAUACGGGCAGACACAUGUUUACAAAUGUGAAAAAUUAAAAUUUCUGAAAAGUACCGAUGUAUACUGUACAUAUUUUAUCUAAAAUACAUCCUAAGAUAGUAUUACAGUAGUAAUAAUGUGGUCAUAAACAUGUAACUUUAAAAUGAAAAAGACUCAUAAAUUCAGUUUAAUUAGGGGAAGGGACAGAUACAAUGUACAUAAAAUGAAAUGUUGCUGAAGGAGUGAUAUUUGCUAAAAUCUCUGUACAGUGAGUUCUGCUAUAACGCGUGUUUUUAUAACGUGAAUUUGCUCUAACGCGAUUUAUGAAUAGAGGAACGAUAUUUGUAUAACGCGAACGCUUGUUUGCUGU